CAGCAUUCAUCUCCAACAAACAUCAUCUUCAGAUACCAUACGUACAGGGACUUGAUUCCUUUAUAUUACCUCGAACUUUGCAACCGGGAGCAAUAUGACCCGGGAACACCCUCCACCUCCAGAGGAGUCCGUCACAUAUUCCGGCGGACCACAUUCCAACCCACCAGAUCUCCGGCUCCUCCACUACAAUGACGUGUACCAUGUCGAUUCUUCCUCCGCAGAACCUUGUGGGGGCCUCUCUCGAUUCAUCACCCUCUGCAAACACUACAGAUCCGAUGAGCAGUUCAAAGGGCAGCCAGAGUUGCUCGCCUUUUUCUCGGGAGAUGCGUUCAAUCCGAGCUUGGAAAGCAGUGUGACCAAAGGUAGAUAACUUGUCUUUCCUCAGGGUCCACCAACCUCUACUCUCGGGCUAUCCUUACUCAAGCAGUCAUAUGGUCCAUGCCUUGAAUCAGAUUGGAACCAACGGCGCCUGCGUGGGGAACCAUGACCUUGACUUUGGCGUCGAUCAAUUCCGAUACCUUGCCU